AUGAAUACAACUUUAUUAUUCUUACUACAAUUCCUAUUAAUACUAGUUCAAUCGUCAAACACGGAUUCUAUCAAUGAUCAUCUCAUCGAACUCAAAGACUCCCUGAUCCAAGAAACCUUAGAAAAGGCGGAUUUCUCAUUUAUUUAUUUUUAUUCUGACAAUUGUCAAUAUUGUCAUAAAUUUAAUCCUACAUUUGAAAAUUUAUCCGUGUUAUAUAAUAAUUUGACAAACGAUGACAAUGAACAUAAACGAUUCCAAGUAUUAAAAGUUGAUGCUAGAAGGAAUCCAAGAUUACGUGAAUUGUUUAAAAUAAAUAGCUUUCCAACAUUGAAAUUACUUCAAUAUGAAACAAAAGAAAUAUUUACUUAUGAGUACGGAAGAGAUUUGAAUACCCUUAUGGAAUAUUUCAGACAGAAUGUUCAUGUUGAACCUAAUAAUGCGAAUUAUAAAUCCAAAGUUUCAGUGUUCCAGAAUUCUACCAUAAGUGAUUUCAUCAAGAAUAAUAAGAAUGAUCGAUUAAUUGUAUUUACAAUGUCAUAUAUUUCAGAUUGGGAAGAUUAUAAUUAUCCAGUUCAUUUCUAUCAACAAUUAGCAUCAUCUAAUAAGGAUGUAGAGUUCGCAAUCUGUGAUAUGGAAUUAUCUACUGACGUUACAGAUAUAAUUGCCGAUUAUGAAAUUAGUAAUUAUCCAAGUAUGAUAUAUUUUGAUAAGAAAGGUAGAUUUAAAUUAUUCCAUACAAAUUCACAGAAUCAUAUUGUGAAUGAUGUUUUAAAUUUAUCUCAUAUUGAACAAUUUAUUAAUAAUAUUAAUAAUGAUGAUAUUACUGGUAAAUGGUUUACUUCUACUCAAGAAUUACAUGAAUAUAAUCAACAACAUUUGGAUUAUGAAGGUCAUAAAUUCCAAAAGAUAGGUUUCAAUCAAAGACAAAGUAAUAACAAUAAUAAUGACAAGUUAUCAGAAGAACAAGAAUAUGAGUUGUUAUUGCAAGAUCUUGAAUUGUAG